AUGCAGCGCUCGGCAGCCACUCCGGCGCAGACCGCCGCCCCUUUCUUUUCGUCUUUCUUUGGCGGCGGCAGCACCACCAGCUCCAAACCUCAGAACCAAAAUCCUCCGUUAUCACCCACCAGCAAACCCCGCCGUCCGUCGAGCCCGGGCGAGGACAACGCCAGCGGGAGCCCCCGGCAGCACAAGACCCUACAGAAGGACCGCAAGCCCUCGUUCGGCCGCAAGUCGUCCAUCUUCCAGUCGUCGGCGUCGUCGGCCAAGCGUAACACGCGCCGCGCUGAGUUGGCAACCUCGCCAUCCGGCGCACCGGCCGAUGGCGGAGCGGCAUCUUAUUUCCAAUUCUUCUCCGACGGCAGCAGCGUCGGCCCACCCUUGUCGGACCCCUCGCCCAAGGCCGCCGACGGCUUCUCCAAAAUGCUCAGCCGCGGCGCCGUGACGCCCAUAUCCGGUUACCCCGUCGGCAUGACGGGUGCCGGAUCCAGCAGCGUCGGCCAGCAGAGCGAGCUCGCCGUCGUGCACCAACACAUUCAGGAAACCGCCAACAAGCGAAUAUCCACCCUCGACUACCUCCGCAAGGCCCACGAAGGCCGCAUCUACUGGUUCAACACUUUACUCUUCGACAAGCCAGACCUCCAGCGCAUGCCCUACUUCGACGCGCGCAAGCUCGGCCGUCGCGCGACAAACUACCUCCUCCUGGGCAUCUCCCUGCCCACCGUCAUCGACCUCAACAGCAGCACCCCGCUCGAGUUUCUGCGCUCGCUCAACACCCUGCUCGCCGAGUUCGACGCCUUUACGCAGAUCCACACCGAGAACGGCAUCGCUGCCACCUCGCUGACGCGCACCCGCAUCCCGCAAAUGUUUCGCCGCGCGACCGCCGCGCCGGGGUUGUCCAAGGGGAGAAGGAGCAGCUCUGCUGCGGGCAGGGACGGAGAUAUUGGGAUUGGGUACUCGCUUGAACAGGCCGAGAGUAACGCCGCCGCCGGCGCGGCGGUAGCAGGAGGGGCGCAGCCGCUGCCGUCGUCUUCUGUCGGCGGCGCCUCCUCGGGCGGGGUAGGCGUAGGGGGAGGAGUCGGUUCGGUGGGGGGAGGGGCCGGGGGCGCGGCAGGGGUCGACGCACUGCCGGCGGGGGUCAUGGCGUUUGGGGCGUCCGAGGUGGACUUGCUGCCCGGGGAGGAAUACACAUACCUGCUGACGCCGACGCUGCCGUUCGAUCCUGAUUUUUUCGAGACGUUUGCGACACUGUGCGACGUGCUGAUUGACAUGUACACGAGGCUGCUGAGCCUGGUGGCGACGCCGAGGGACUGUAGCGGCGCCGUGGCCGAGUUGUUCACCAAGGCGGAUAGCAAGAUCAGGAAGCUGUUGAUUCAGGGCGUCGUGAGGGAAUUUGAGGAGAGCGGGCGGGCGGGGGUUAAGAGCGAGGUUGCGAGCGUGGGCAAGGUGGUGUUGAGUGGGUUGAUGUGA